UUCUUGGGCGCCAGCGGGCCCGCGAUUGACGCGCCUGUGACGGUCGAAACGACGCCGGCCGAUUACCGGCUCAUGAUUCCUCUGGUGGGCUUCAACCGCGAGAUGAUGACGUUGUCGGCGCGCCGGAACCGUAUUCUGCAUAUCCUCGCGGACUCGUGGGCGCCGGGAGGAGGUCACUUUGAGCGCCGGAUCUCGUUCGGAUACGACGCCGACAUUCCGCGCGUCCGGGCGGAGUACGACGGCGAGCUCCUGACCGUCACCGUGCCGCGCCGC